GAUAAUUUUUUACCAGUCUUUGUUUACCCGUUGUGCGGUGCGAAAAUUAGUUGUUAGCAACAGUUUGUGAGUGGAUUUAAUAAUAUUUUCAAUGUUAAUGAUUUGCUUUGUUGAUCUCUUAUAAUAUGCUCACUAUUACGCUUUUCUGCCUAUUGGUACACAUACUAAAAUGUGAAAGUACACAAUUGGCGGAUCCUAUUGUCACUCUACAGGAUGGAUCACUCAAAGGUACAAUUGGAAAGAAUUACGAUGGAGAUGAUUUCUACAAAUUUUUCGGUAUUCCCUAUGCUAAACCUCCUAUAAAUGAUCUUAGAUUCCUGCCUCCCGUAUCAGCUGACCCAUGGAAAGGAAUUCGAGAUGCCUCCAACGUCGGAAGUGAUUGUCUCUCCCGAGAUGAAUUUCAACCAACGAAAAUAGUGGGAGACGAAGAUUGCUUGUACUUGAAUGUAUUCACCAAAAAUUUGCCGAAAAAUAAUACCUCACUCAAACCUGUAAUGGUAUUUAUAUAUGGAGGAGGUUUAACUGCUGGAUCUAGUAGACCUGGAAUAUAUGGACCUGAAUUCCUUAUGCUUAAAGAUAUCGUUCUGGUUACUUUCAAUUAUCGGAUAGGAGCUCUUGGUUUUUUGAAUUCUGACGAUCCAAAACUGGGUGUAUUCGGCAAUAUGGGCCUUAAAGAUCAAAACUUGGCUCUAAAAUGGGUGCAACAAAAUAUUCAACAUUUUAACGGGGAUCCGAAUGACGUCACUAUAUUCGGUCAUAGUGCAGGAAGUGCGUCUGUGCACGCUCACGUUUUGUCGCCUGCUUCCAAUGGAUUGUUUCAUAAGGCUAUCAUGCAAAGUGGUAGUGCAAUAAAUUCUUGGUUUUGGGGAGCCAAAAAUAUGGCCGUAGAAUUGAUAAGUAAAACUGGAAAAAUAGCCAGUACAAAUCAAGAAGCUUUAGGUAUUUUAAGGAACAUGUCAGCAUUGGAUAUUUUUGAAGCUCAACAGAAAAUAUACGAUUCGCCAUAUCCAUCUGAGAGAAGGCCUUUUGCGGCUGUAAUAGAACUUCCAAAUGAUUCUGCCUUCCUAACAGAAAAUCCUAUCGAAGCUUUGAUGAACAAACACCAUAAUGACGUACCGAUAAUGAUGGGAUAUACGCAAAACGAGGGAAUGUUGCUCGAUGCUGAUAGGCGGGCCACCGAAAAAGCUGGAAUAACAUUGCCGAAAUUCAGUUUUGAAAAUAUUAUUCCACAUGAGCUCAAUAUUUCUAAAGGCAGCAACGAAAGCGGAAUCAUUCGUGAUAUUUUAUGGAAAUUAUAUUCUGAUAAACCUGAUAGCGAUCGCUAUGAUAAAAUGACUGAUGGCUAUUUCCUAGUUGGCAUCAUGGAAGGUUUAAAACUUCACCUAAAAAGUGCAACAAAACCAAUUUAUCUUUACCGAGUGUCAUUGACGGGGGAAUUAAAUCGACUAAAAUAUCUAAUGAAUCGGACACACGAAUUUGGCGUAUGCCAUGGAGACGAGCUAGGAUACCUCUUUUCCGCGGACAUAACACCACCUGUAACUCCAGACAGUUUGGAGGAUUGUUCAAUAAGACAUUUUGUUGAACUCUGGACUAAUUUUGCCAUUCAUGGAAAUCCCACACAAAAUACCAAAUCCGGCGAAGCGUGGGAACCCGUCCAAAAGGAUAACAUAAAAGUCUAUGAUAUUGGAAAAAUUAGUAAAAUGACAGUUCCACCAGAGGUUAAUCGCUUGGAGGUUUGGAGGAAAAUUUUGAAGACAUGGCCUUUGGUGGAUUUCAACUAAAUUAUAUAAUAGAUUUUUUUUAAUAAAAAGUUACUAUAUAUGGACUAA